UAACUGACAGUUUUCGUACCUAACCUUUGACCAAUUUCAAAACAAAAUUGAACUUAACAUUAUUGAAGACCCUACUAAAAUUUCAAUAAAUGAAAAUUAAAUCGAGACGUUUACAAUGUUUUCUAGGAAAGCCCAAGUUGUUGAUGUCCUUCGGUCAAUGCAAAGGGACGACCUAGCCAUAAAAAUCCUUGAAGAAAAUAUUCAAGGUUUAUCAAAAUCCCUAGGGGCAAGAAAUUAUCAAGCUUUACAUAGAUAUAUAUCUUUUGUUUCAUCUCUUUUGUAUUAUUAUGCUACUUCUGGUAAUAAUUUACAAACGCUUGGAGAAGAAUAUUCAAAUAUUAUUAGAUUAAAUAAUAACGUCAUCCCAAGUAAAAUGACUCAAAUAAUUUGGCUUACGCUUUACAUUGGUGGGAAACCGAUGUUGGAUAGGUUAUCAUUGAACAUCGAAACAAAAAUUAGAACUUCAGGAGAGCUGAGGGAAGAAGCAAGACAGUCAAUACUUAAUAUUUUCAAAAUUUGGCAUGCUUGUAAGGAUGAUUUCUUGAUGAUUCAUAAAGCAUUUUUCUAUAUGAAUGCCCAUUAUUACUCGUUUGCUCACAGAAUCCUUGAUAUUAAUUAUAUAAUAGUAAGAGAUUGGUUGGAAGAAAAAUCUUUCAACAGAAGUUUUAGAAUACUUGGAAUCGUAACACUAAGCUACAGCCUAGUCAAUAUAAUCAACAAAUUAUGGAACCUUAAAUUAAACAAAACAAAGGAAAUGGAGGAGACAGUUCCAAAAGAAAAAAGCUCAUAUUCAAUUAAAAUAUGUGCAUUAUGCAAUGAAGAGAGGAAAAAUCCAUCAUCUACACCUUGUGGACAUAUAUUUUGUUGGGACUGUAUAUAUGAGAGUUUAAGCUAUAGCCAAAAGUGCCCUUUGUGCAGAGAAGAAGUUCUUCCUUCAAGAAUUGUAUUUUUACAGAAUUUUGUUUGAAAGGAAUAGAAACUCUUUUUAUCAAA